AUGUCCCAAGUUGUAUACAUCACAGAGUCCGAGCCCAGUAUAGAACCCUUCUCCCAAACGCAACCAGAUUGGAUCCACCCCAAUUUACUCCAAAGCACCGACCCGAUCAAAGGCCGCCAAUUCCGCGUGUCAGGCCUCAUUCCCAAAGGCGCCUGUCUACUUGUGGACCGCCCCUACGCAGUUAUUCCCGUUGUGGAUGAUCCGGCAAAUCACGACCAUCUCAUUUGCAGCAAUCCUGCUUGUAAUCGCCAGGCUCCUCGCCACUCAGCUUCAGAGCCAGCUCGGAAUCGGAAUCGGACUCCAUGUCCGAAUGCCUGUAUCCCGGAUGUGACAUGGUGCACGGAAACCUGCCGAGACGCCGAUCAAGGUCGGCAUGCUUUUGAAUGCACCUGGCUGAAGAGAUAUGCCGCGCCAAUUCGUGCCAAAUGGGGCGAAUACGAUUUCGGCAUGUUGUGGGUGAUUGUUCGUCUACUUGCUAUGCGACAGGGUCAAUUGCAACAUGUUGAUAUCGAUAUUCGCACUGCCUCUUCUGCCACCGCCACUGAGAAGAAAUGGAAAUGUGGCUGGGAGGGUAUUGACUCUUUAUGCGGUUCUGCGGAGACCUGGUCCCACGAUAAAGUCCGCGCCUGGACGACUCUUGUGAAGAAAUAUCUCCAGAAUGGCCCUGUCCUGCCGCAUGGUAUGGCGUCGGACCAGGUACUUCAUCUCAUUUGUCAGGAAGAGGCCAAUUCUUUUGGUCUUUAUCCUCGGGCAACGGGCGUUGUUCCUUUGCCCUACCCUUCCGUUGACAGAGGAGAGCAGUUUGCUGCUGCAGUUUAUCCCACUGCAGCUAUUGCUAAUCAUUCGUGUUUGCCAAAUAUCACCCACAAACCCGAUGAGCAGGGCCGUAUGGUCUUUACUGCAUCCCGAGAUAUCUUUGCCGGAGAGGAAUGCUGUAUUUCAUACUUCGACCUGACGCAACAUACGGAUCUGACAUCCCGUCGGGAGCAUCUCCGCCAGUCAUUCAAGUUUAUUUGUCAGUGUGAGCGAUGUGUCUCUGAAGAGCCCGUGGAAGAACCGACGGAAUGGAGUGCUAUGCCCAUGAUGGGAUUGUGA